CGCCGGAGCUUGUGCUUCCGGACCGGGCGGGGAGAGGGCAAGAGCAGGUUCCGCUUCUCCCAGGGCCGAUGCAGGCGGCGGAGCUUCCGCUGCGUCCGGGGAAAAAAUGAAUUAUAUGCCGGGCACGGCUAGCCUCAUCCAAGAUAUCGACAAGAAACACUUGGUCCUCCUUAGAGAUGGCAGAACACUGAUUGGAUAUUUACGCAGCAUUGAUCAGUUUGCAAAUCUGGUUUUGCACCAAACAGUGGAGCGCAUUCAUGUGGGCAAAAAGUAUGGUGACAUCCCUCGUGGCAUCUUCGUAGUCAGAGGCGAGAAUGUUGUGCUCCUGGGAGAAAUUGACCUGGAAAAGGAAAGUGAUACCCCUUUGCAGCAAGUCUCGAUAGAGGAAAUCUUGGAAGUUCAACGGGUAGAGCAGCAAACGAAGCAAGAAUCAGACAAGUUAAAAAUGCAAGCGCUGAAGGAGCGAGGCCUGUCCGUUCCAAGGGCUGAUACAUUAGACGAAUACUAAGUAUUUACCUGAACUGUCUCCCAAAGAUUGAGGAGACUGUGUACUGAAGUGCCCAAGAAAUGGACAACUAUUUUUUUUAUUAUUAUUUCAGAUUCCUUCCCCAGUCCAGAAAACGGUUGGAUCACCAUGAUGUAAACCGUAGUUCUUCCCAUUUCACGAAAAAUCAUUUUUGAAGAUUAAAUAUAAUCCAGCAUGAUGAAGCAGCUGUAAAAGAGAAGGCUGGUUUAGGACAUUUUGUUUAUAAUUUUUUUAAAUACAGGAAUGAUUUCUGGAAGAAGUGGGGAAAUAACACCCUAUAGCCUGUAAAUAAAAGGUGAUUCUAAGCACUGCUGUAAGCCAAGGUGAAAGCACUACUGAGAAUUUGUCUUUUUUGGUCAGGGCACUUUUCUAGGGGGACAGAGAAGUGACAAAAAAACAUUUUUGUCUUCUGAACUGGGCUGAUGGAGACUUUAAAACCCUCAAAUAGGAGGGGGAAGGUUUGACAGGAGCAUCUGAGUUCUUGUUUGUGAAAAGUUCUUAAUGGCCUCUGAGCUCGAUUGUUUGCUUGCAGAUGUUUCAGUAUAGAACCAGGUAACAUCAUCGAUGAAGAUGUAACAUCUGCAAGCAAACAACCAAGCUUAGGUAGCACCAAGAAUUCCUGAGCUACAGAUAUUCUCUUCUAUUUGCUUUUAUCUGUAAGAUUGCAGAAUGAGAAUUGGAAGAGACCUUGGAGGUCUUCUAGUCCAAUCUCUGCUCAGGCAGGAAACCCUGUACCAUUUCAGACAAAUGGUUGUCCAGUGUCUUCUUAAAAGCCUCCAGUGAUGGAGCACCCACA